CUGUGCACACACACACACCUCACAACCCACAUACUGCAUGCACACACACACCCACAAGCUGCGUGCUGCAUACACAAGUCAUACAGGAGAUAAACUCAGAGUACCAGCCCCAAACAGACUCCAUCUCUUGCUCAGUUGCUGUCAUCCUAGACCUGUUUCUUUCACCACAUUUCUAUAAUCUGCCAGGGCCUGCAAGGAGAAGCAUGGGGGGUUUUCUACCUAAGGCAGAAGGGCCUAGGAGCCAACUCCAGAAACUUCUGCCCUCCUUUCUUGUCAGAGAACAAGACUGGGACCAGCACCUGGACAAACUUCAUAUGCUGCAGCAGAAGAGGAUUCUAGAGUCUCCACUGCUUCGAGCAGCCAAGGAAAAUGACCUGUCUGUUCUUAGGCAACUUCUACUGGACCGCACCUGUGACGUUCGACAAAGAGGAGCCCUGGGGGAGACGGCGCUUCACAUAGCAGCCCUCUAUGACAACUUGGAGGCGGCCUUGGUGCUGAUGGAGGCUGCCCCAGAGUUGGUCUUUGAGCCCACCACAUGUGAGGCUUUUGCAGGUCAGACUGCACUGCACAUCGCUGUUGUGAACCAGAACGUGAACCUGGUGAGAGCCCUGCUCGCCCGCAGGGCCAGUGUCUCUGCCAGAGCCACAGGCACUGCCUUCUGCCGUAGUCCCCGCAACCUCAUCUAUUUUGGGGAGCACCCUUUGUCCUUUGCUGCCUGUGUGAACAGCGAGGAGAUCGUGCGGCUCCUCAUUGAGCAUGGAGCCGACAUCCGGGCCCAGGACUCCCUGGGAAACACAGUGUUACACAUCCUCAUCCUCCAGCCCAACAAAACCUUUGCCUGCCAGAUGUACAACUUGCUGCUGUCCUACGAUGGACAUGGGGACCACAUGCAGCCCCUGGACCUCGUGCCCAAUCACCAGGGUCUCACCCCCUUCAAGCUGGCUGCAGUGGAGGGUAACACUGUGAUGUUCCAGCACCUGAUGCAGAAGCGGAGGCACAUCCAGUGGACAUAUGGACCCCUGACCUCCAUUCUCUACGACCUCACAGAGAUCGACUCCUGGGGAGAGGAACUGUCCUUCCUAGAGCUUGUGGUCUCCUCUGAUAAACGAGAGGCUCGCCAAAUUCUGGAACAGACCCCAGUGAAGGAGCUGGUGAGCUUCAAGUGGAACAAGUAUGGCCGGCCGUACUUCUGCAUCCUGGCUGCCUUGUACCUGCUCUACAUGAUCUGCUUCACCACGUGCUGCGUCUACCGCCCCCUUAAGUUUCGUGGUGGCAACCGCACUCAUUCUCGAGACAUCACCAUCCUCCAGCAAAAACUACUACAGGAGGCCUAUGAGACACAUGAAGAUAUCAUCAGGCUGGUGGGGGAGCUGGUGAGCGUCAUUGGGGCUGUGAUCAUCCUGCUCCUAGAGAUCCCAGACAUCUUCAGGGUCGGUGCCUCUCGCUAUUUUGGACAGACAAUUCUUGGGGGGCCAUUCCAUGUCAUCAUCAUCACCUAUGCCUCCCUAGUGCUGGUGAUCAUGGCGAUGCGGCUCACCAACACCAAUGGGGAGGUGGUGCCCAUGUCCUUUGCCCUGGUGCUGGGCUGGUGCAGUGUCAUGUAUUUUGCUCGAGGAUUCCAGAUGCUGGGUCCCUUCACCAUCAUGAUCCAGAAGAUGAUUUUUGGAGACCUAAUGCGUUUCUGCUGGCUGAUGGCUGUGGUUAUCUUGGGAUUUGCCUCUGCGUUCUAUAUCAUUUUCCAGACAGAGGACCCAACCAGUUUGGGGCAGUUCUAUGACUACCCCAUGGCACUGUUCAGCACCUUCGAGCUUUUUCUCACUGUUAUUGAUGCUCCUGCCAACUACGAUGUGGACUUGCCCUUCAUGUUCAGCGUUGUCAACUUCGCCUUCGCCAUCUUUGCCACACUGCUCAUGCUCAACCUGUUCAUCGCCAUGAUGGGUGACACCCACUGGAGGGUGGCCCAGGAGCGGGAUGAGCUCUGGAGGGCCCAGGUCGUGGCCACCACAGUGAUGCUGGAACGGAAGCUGCCUCGCUGCCUGUGGCCUCGCUCCGGGAUCUGUGGGUGCGAGUACGGGCUAGGGGACCGCUGGUUCCUGCGGGUUGAGAACCACAAUGAUCAGAAUCCUCUGCGAGUGCUUCGCUAUGUGGAAGCGUUCAAGAACUCAGACAAGGAGGAUGGCCAGGAGCAUCCAUCUGAGAAACAGCCCUCUGGGGCUGAGAGUGGGACUCUAGCCAGAGCCUCCCUGGCUCUUCCAAAUUCCUCCCUAUCCCGGACCACGUCCCAGAGCAGCAGUCACCGAGGCUGGGAGAUCCUUCGUCAAAACACCCUGGGGCACUUGGAUCUUGGACUGAACCUUAGUGAGGGGGAUGGGGAGGAGGUCUACCAUUUCUGAUUAGCAUCGCUGUCACUCUUGACCUUACUCCAGGUUGGCCUGGGGACGGGGUCAGAGACGGAGACCUCUGCCUAUGCAAGUGUCUAACUUCUGUGCCUGUUAAUCAUGGGAGGGUGGGACAGAACAAUCCCGAAAGGGCCAUAUCUCACAUUUCACAUCAGAAUUUUGGCAAUGGGCAAUGGUCAUCUAUUGUCUCACAUAUUUUCUGGGUUCUUGGAAGUCCCACAUCUCAGGAAAAAGGAGGUUGGCAAUUAAAGAUAUGAGGUAGGGAUGCUAGAUUAAUGUCAGGACCAUUUCUCUUCUGCCCCACGCAGACCCUAGAAAGUAGUAAGCUGUGAGGCUUUUCUGGCUUCCCAGGGCUUAUGUGGGAAGAGCCAGGCAUGGCAUAGAGGUUGUUGCCCUUCUUUUUUCCCCAACCUCCUGUAGGUCUCUCUCCCCACUUAGCAACCAAACUUUUUUUGCAAUAAAAUAGUCUCCUUAUUCUUGCCUUCUUUAAUUUUUUAUUGGGGCACAAUACAUGUCACAUAAAAUUUACCAUAUUAUCCAUUUUUAGAUGUGCCACUCAGUGGCAUUAAGUACAUUCACAUUGUUGCGUAACCAUCACCAUUAUUCAUUUAUGGAACAUUUUCAUCAUUCCGAACUGCAACUCUAAUCCCCAUUGAACAAUAACUCUCCAGCUAUCUCUCUGCCCCGGCCCCUGAUAACCAAUAUUCUGCUUUCUUUCUAUGAAUUAACUAUUCUAGGCAUCUUAUGUAAGUGGGAUUCUGCAAUCUUAGUCCAAAAUCUGUGACAGUUUAUUUAUUUAUUCAUCUACCAAUGGACAUUUGAGUUUUUCUACCUUUUGGCUGUUGUGAAUAAUGCUGCUAUGAAUAUGGUAUACAAAUAUCUGUUCAAGUUUCUACUUUCAAAUACUAUGGGCAUACACCUAAAAAUGGAAUUGCUAGACAAUUCUUAUGUUUAAUUUUAUAAGGAACUGCCAUACUGGUUUUCACAAUAGCUUUCACCAUUUUACAUUCCCUUCUAAUGGGUGUGAAGUGGUUUCACAUUGUAGUUUUGAUAUGCCUUUCCCUAAUGACUAAUGAUACUGAACAUGUUUUUAUGCACCUAUUUAUUGGACAUUUAUAUAUCUUCUUUGGAGAAAUGUCUUUUCGGUUUAUUUGUCCAUUUUCGAAUUAGGUUUUUGUUGUUGUUGAAUUGUCUUAUCUUUGCUCUUUGAGGCUCACAGUCUGAAGUGUUUGCAUCCUGGUGUAUGUAUGGUAAAUUAGGCCUAUAUUUGAAUAGCCUAAUCCUUUUCCAGGACCCUCCUGCUCUGUCCCUAGCAGUUAAUCAUCCUCCUGCCGGGAGGCAACAAGCUCCUGCUUGGUCUCCUGACAUAGCCAUCCUCCAUUCCCAUCCCCUUUUCCCCACACUGAGUUGUGAAAGGAACAGCAACAAUAGAGGAAGGGUCAUCCCUCUCCAGGAGGGAAAUUAGGAAUCAUGUGUCCAGGGCACCCAUUAUAGGUGCUCAUGGGCAGCCUCUCUUGUGUCUCCAGCACUAUACUUCUAGUCCCAGCCCCUAUCAUCCCCCUUAGCAAAAAGCCAUGUCAGCUUUUCAGAGAACUGUGGUCUGGGAUAACAAAGAAGUAAGUGGUAUUUGUGAAACCACAGACAGUUAAUUCAGAUACACCAGCUCAGGACUGAGUGCCCAACAGUAAGGGAUCACACAAUGUGUAUACACAUGCCCACACACACUGGGACACAGUGGUGGCAGGGUGUGUAAAACUGCUCAGUCAACAUCAUUCUUCUUUAUUCUCUUCAUAGUGGAAGCGCUUUAAAACUCUGCUUCAUAGUCCUUUUUAUUGAGACAGGGUCUUGCUCUGUUGCCCGUGCUGAAGUACAGUGGUGUGAUCACUGCUCACUGCAGCC